GAAACCAACCAUACAAUAUACAUAAACAAAGACUCUCUCUACUACACCAACCGUGAACAUUUGGAGCUUUUAUAGCCCAAGACAAAACGCGAAACAUCUCUCGUCAUUAGUGUACUUUGCUGUUGUUGUUUUUCUUCUUCUUCUUCUACUGCUUCCCAUUUUGAAAACCAAAGCUCGAGCUUUCACUACAAUGGGCAACACCAUUGGAGCCAAGAAGAACAAAACGGCCAAGGUGAUGAAGAUAUCCGGCGAGACCUUGAAGCUGAGGACGCCGGUGCUCGCGGGGGAUGUCCUUAGGGGCUACCCGGGGUACGUCUUGCUGGAAUCCGAGGCGGUGAAGCACUUCGGCGUCCGGGCGAGGCCGUUGGAGGCAGACCAAAAUUUGGAGCCCAAGAGGCUAUAUUUCCUAGUGGAGUUGCCCGAGAGCUCUCAGGAGAGGAUGCCGAGAAGGGUGAGGUCGGGCAUAAGCAUGAGCGCCAGGGACCGGCUCGAGAGCCUAAUGCUGGCGCGGAGGUCAGUCUCGGACCUAUCCAUUGUGAACCCGACAAGCAUCGGGGGGGCAACAAAGAAUGCCAAAGAUGGCGAUGGCGGCGGUACGAGGCUGAGGAUGAGGCUUCCGAAGGGAGAGGUGGAUAGGCUGAUGAAGGAGAGUAGAGACGAAGCUGAGGUGGCCGAGAAGAUCAUCAACCUCUACAUUGCAAACGACCGCAAAGUCGAUGUUGGGUUGGGAAGCAAACCGAGAGGCGAUGAGAGCGGCUUGUUUGACCAGCAUGGACCAUGGAAAGUGAGGAGCCAUGGAAGAGCUGGUGAACGUAUCAAAACUCGUGAGAAACGGGUGAGCUUCCUACCAGUGGAUGGAGGAGAUAAGCACAUCGCUGUGGCUUCUUGAUUCUGAUUAAGGAGAACGAUUAGCAGUGCUCAAGCCACAUUAACGUAUGUCCUUUCACAUUUUAGGUAGUCAGGUUUAUUUGCAACAAGCUGUGAAGACAUGGUGCUUCUCACUCUUGCCUAGUGAUGGACCCAAAAAAAGAAAUAAAAUACGAAGAAGUUGUAAUUACUUUGACUAUCUAUUUGUCUAUAUGUUGGAGACAAUAGUGAGGUUUCUCUCAUUUAUCAGAUGUCCCGCCAUUGUUUUUGCAUCGGAAUGAUAUAGAAAUGAAAUUAACCCCUACUCUCUUUUCACUAAA